GAGCGCCUUCAAACAGGCAUGAGCGGCGAAUAGCGAGAUGGCAAUUGCCUUCCCUUGCGAAAAGGCACGGGCUUUCAAUAAUAAAUACUGUAAGUAAUCGGCAUCAUACCAAGAAGGUCUGGAAAACGGGAAGUUCCCGAUCAUGGAAAAAGUCAGGCAACAUGACUACUGUACUCCAUUCUGGAAGCUUUCCUGGACUCGGCUGCCGCGUCUAUUUCAACCCUAUCUCAGCAUGUCCAGCGACCUCGUCCCGUUGCUUUCAUCAGCAAUGCAGGAGAAAUUAUUUUUUUUCUUUUAAGGACUUCUAGGAGUUUGCGGAAAGGGCGGUUCUGUCUUUUUUUAGAACCCGAGAUGGAUCUCAUCAGUGCAACGAAGCCGUGGUUCCAAGAUAACACCUUGGUGUCUUGAUGCCGGCGUCGGUGCCAGUGAAAGUGUAGGCAAACAUAUGCUUGAAGCAUGCAACAAUAAUCUGGAAAUGGCUGUAACUAUGUUCCUUGAUGGUGGAGGCAUAGCUGAGGAACCCAGCACUAGUUCUGCAAGUGUAUCAAACCUUCGACCUCAUACAGAGGAUGAAGUAAGAGCCCCUAUUCCUCAAAAGCAAGAAAUUCUGGUUGAACCUGAGCCUUUAUUUGGUGCUCCAAAAAGACGCAGACCUGCUCGUUCAAUAUUUGAUGGUUUUCGGGAUUUCCAGACAGAAACUAUUCGACAGGAGCAAGAGUUGAGAAAUGGAGGAGCAAUAGACAAGAAACUCACCACACUUGCGGAUCUCUUCAGGCCUCCAAUAGAUCUGAUGCAUAAAGGAAGUUUUGAUACAGCCAAGGAGUGUGGUCAGAUGCAGAACAAGUGGCUCAUGAUUAACAUACAGAAUGUGCAGGAUUUUGCCUGUCAGUGUCUCAAUCGUGAUGUUUGGAGCAAUGAGGCUGUGAAAAAUAUUAUCCGGGAACACUUCAUAUUUUGGCAGGUAUAUCAUGACAGUGAGGAAGGACAAAGAUACAUACAGUUCUACAAACUAUCAGAUUUCCCUUAUGUAUCUAUCUUGGACCCUCGGACUGGGCAGAAGUUAGUGGAAUGGCAUCAGCUAGAUGUAACUUCUUUUUUGGACCAAGUGACUGGGUUUUUAGGUGAACAUGGACAACUGGACGGACAUUCUACAAGCCCUCCACAGAAGCGCACUCGCUCUGAAAGUCUCAUUGAUGCAAGUGAAGAUAGCCAAUUGGAAGCUGCCAUCAGAGCAUCCUUACAAGAGACACAUUUUGACUCUGACCAAGUCAAGCAGGAGAGCAGAUCAGAUGAUGAGUCUGAAUCGGAACUUUUCUCUGGAAGUGAGGAGUUCAUUUCUGUUUGUGGUUCUGGUAUGGAUGAGCCAGACAAUCCUGCCAAUCCUGCCAAGUCUAGGAAAUCUCCACACAAAGACAUGGGGUGUAGGAAAGAGGAAGGCAGAAGGGCAUUACCUGAGCCUUCUGCAAGGACUGAACCUGAGAUGGUAGCAAACCAUCGAGGACUGUCUUGCAUGGAUGCUGGGGUUCUAGAAGAGACUGGAAGCAAGCCAGAAGGUGCAGUGAAGGAACUGAAUGUGAAUGGACCAAAAGCACAGUUAAUGCUGAGGUAUCCAGAUGGCAAGAGGGAACAAAUUUCACUGCCUGAACAAGCUAAGCUUCUGGACCUUAUCAAACAUGUACAGGCAAAAGGAUACCCUAAUGAACGUUUUGAACUCCUCACCAAUUUUCCCCGUAGGAAACUUUCCCACCUGGACUAUGACAUCACGUUACAAGAGGCUGGCCUUUGUCCUCAAGAGACAGUCUUUGUGCAAGAAAGGAAUUAGUUCUGCUUGCCUUCCCUCUGUGUCAUCUUUGUCUGCAAUAUUAACUCACCAAGUAUGCAGUUGGCUCCAUGACAUUGCAGAGCUGAAAUCGGCCAGCCAUUUGCUGACUUCUUUCUUUCCCUUCAUGUUGUUCUUGGCAAGUGAUCCACCUGAAAAUAGCAGAAUAAAUUUAUUUGGCAUUGAUGCUGGAGAAGAGCAUGCCUGCCCCAGUGAUUCAUUACUGUUUCAGAAUAGGAAGGAUGGACUGACUGUAUGUCAUUGUCCAGCAUGCAUGGGACAUUAAACAGCUGGAAGAAGAAAUAGUUUGCCUUCCUCUCAGAAAAAAGUCUAUUUUCAUUAAUAUAAUUUAUUUUUAAAAGGCCGUGUAACCAGGGAUUAAGGGCUUCUUCAGACAGCUGCGAAGUGCAUAGAAGUAGUAAGAAGCAAUUUUGUGUUCCCAUUGCCCUAGCUAGGAAUUGGUUUUCAAGUAGGCAUGGCUUUCUUCUUCUUCUGUAAAGCCAGUAUUCUAAAAUCUGAAUCUUGUACAUGAUACCAAGUGUGCAGCUCUAGAUUGCCAUGGAUUUGAAGGCACCACACUUUUUCUGACAAGCAGCACAUGCGUAGAUAACUGUUUUUAGAAGUCUUAAUCCCUGCCAAUGUGUGGAGAAAUUAUAAAAAUAGCUGAAGGUCUCUUGACCUGUAGCACUUUGAGAUUCACAUCAAACCCUGUUCCAGAAAGGGCCCAGAAUGUGAAACAGUAGAAUGGCUCCUUUUGUUACAGAUAGGAUGAAGUGCUUUAAAGGAAUAAAGAAAUUAGCCAGUAGAUCUAGUAUAACAUAACUCAUUCCUGCCAAACUUUUGUACUUGGUUUAGAGCUGCUCCAUGUUCUUUCCUUUAUACAGUUAAAAGAGGAGCAGGGGUGAGGGGAAGUGUUUUGAUCUUCAGUUAGGAUUUUACCAGCAGCAAAUUCUGGCAUGACAACUGGCUAUGAAUGUAAGACUUGUUAAACAACUUCUGUAAUAAUUUAAAACUGCUUCGAUGUACC